GAAGGAGUGAGAGAGAGGGAAGGAGAGAGGAGAGAAAGAAGAGAUGCUGAGAGCCGGGCUAUGUCGAGCUCAGCGCCUCCUCCUCCCGCCUCUUCAGGGCCUCGGGGCCGCCAUCAGCCGAGGAGCUCAGCAGUGGCAGCCGGACGAGCAGUGGAUGCAGCAAUACUCCGGGGCCGUCAUGUAUCCCGAUCACAACAACAUCAAGUGGAAACCUGCGCCCUGGAACGACAAAGACCCUCCGGCAGAGAAAACCGUCUCUACCCUGACUGUAAACUUUGGGCCACAACACCCGGCAGCUCAUGGUGUCCUGAGGCUGGUGAUGGAGUUGAGUGGGGAGUCGGUCAAGCGGUGUGACCCCCACAUCGGCCUCUUACACCGCGGGACAGAGAAACUGAUCGAGGCUAAAACCUACCUGCAGGCCCUGCCCUACUUUGACAGACUGGAUUACGUGUCUAUGAUGUGCAAUGAACAGUGCUAUUCUCUCGCUGUGGAGAAGCUGCUGAACAUCAGACCACCUCCUCGAGCUCAGUGGAUAAGAGUCCUGUUCGGAGAGAUCACCAGAAUAUUGAACCACAUUAUGGCCAUAACCACACACGCUCUUGAUAUUGGGGCGAUGACCCCAUUUUUCUGGAUGUUCGAGGAGAGGGAAAAGAUGUUGGAAUUCUACGAGCGGGUUUCCGGAGCCAGAAUGCACGCAGCUUAUGUCCGACCUGGUGGUGUCCAUCAGGACCUUCCCCUCGGAUUAAUGGACGAUAUAUACACCUUUAUGACCAAUUUCUCGAUCCGAAUUGAUGAGGUCGAGGAGAUGUUCACAGACAACAGAAUUUGGAAAAAUCGUACGGUUGAUAUUGGAGUCAUAACAGCUCAGGAAGCGUUGAAUUAUGGAUUCAGUGGGGUGAUGUUAAGAGGAUCUGGGAUAAAAUGGGAUUUAAGAAAAUCUCAACCCUACGAUGCCUAUGACCAGGUGGAAUUCGACGUCCCCAUAGGAAGUAAUGGAGAUUGUUAUGAUCGCUAUGUGUGUCGGGUGGAGGAGAUGAGGCAGAGUUUGAGGAUUGUACUUCAGGCCCUGAACAAGAUGCCUGAGGGAGAGAUCAAAGUUGAUGAUGCUAAAAUCUCUCCUCCCAAGAGAAGCGAGAUGAAGGAGUCAAUGGAAGCAUUAAUCCAUCAUUUUAAGUUAUAUACGGAGGGAUAUCAAGUUCCGCCUGGGGCCACUUACACAGCGAUUGAAGCGCCAAAGGGGGAGUUUGGAGUGUAUUUAGUGUCAGAUGGAACAAGUCGCCCUUAUAGAUGUAAGAUUAAAGCGCCCGGUUUUGCUCAUUUAGCCGGACUUGAUAAAAUGUCUCAGGGACACAUGUUAGCUGAUGUGGUUGCGAUUAUAGGAACACAAGAUAUUGUGUUUGGUGAAGUUGAUCGGUAAACAACGCUGGAAAUAAUUCAAUAUUACAGUAUAUUAAUAAUAAUAAUAAUAAUGCGGUCACUCAAUCCACAACUGUUUGUGGGACGCUGCUGUGCGCAAUUGGCUCCUGCGUUUCGCCUACAAAAUAUACAAUGAAUUCACUUUACAGUAUAUUCUGUGAAGCGUUUUGAGACGUAUCGAAGACGUGAUAAUGCGCUAUAUCAAAUGUAAAUUAUUAUUUAUUAUUUUCACUUUUACAUCCUACCAAAUUCAGAAGCCCUAUUUCAAUAACAUUACUCAAAGUGGAAGGAAUAUCUCUCUGGAGCAGUGCAGAAACCCAUCAUCAUGUUUGUGGGAUACUGCUGUAUGCAAUUGGCUAACACAUUUCACCAACAAAAUAUACAUUCAAUUAACUUUACAGGAUAUUCUGUGAAGCGCUUUGAGACGUUUGAGGUGCUGUAUCAAAUUCACGGAUGAUUAUUAUUAUUAUUAUUAAGACUAUCCAAACUGGACAGAGUUUCACAUAUGUACGUCACCUACACAUGAAAUUUCUCUGUUUGAAAUCGACUACCCAUUCUCCCGAAUGGACUCAGCUUGUUUGCCUUAUUCCAGAAUGUAUUCAAUGCAGGUUGGUAAGAGUCAAAACCUAGUGACUCUGCAGUGUGCAAAUACUGCUUCUCCAGAUAGGGGCACCCUUACCCGCUUGAUAUCAAAGAUCAGUCUGACCAAGGAAGAUCAGUAAUGGAGUUAAAUAGUUAGUUGUACAGAAUAUACUGUUCUUUGAAAAACAAAACUCAACAAUAAUAUUCAAAGUGAAAACUGACAGUAUACCCUGUCACUAUUCUGUACUCUUUACAGGACAAAUACUGCAUGUUUAACUAACAAGGUUUGAAGCCAGAAUGACUUGUGCUCCCGCUUUAUUCGUGUUUCCUGAACUAUUUCUUAUAUCCCAGAAGUGAAUCUGAAAGUUGUAAAAUCGCAAUUCAAUUGCAAGUGAUGCUAUGUAAACACUUACGAGAAUGACCAAGGCCCACUGGGCUUUUGCUGAAGCCAUCCCUUGGAAAACCAUAUCUAUGGAGAUAUGUUAAGGAAAUUCAGCAAAUAUUUCCAUACUUAUCAGAUACUGUACUGCUUUUGGCAAUUAAUAAAUUUUCUUCUUAAGUACAUGAAA